AUGGCGUCUCGUCAAUCCCUGCGCGCCUUCCAAGCCAUUCGCUCCUCGGUGCCCACAUCCUCCUACCGACCUCGAACAUGGCAAUCACUACGAUUCUACUCUGCGGCCGCUGCCGAUGAGACCCCGGUGAGCGCACCGUAUCUCCAGCAUCUCAAGACCGAUCUCAAGACUGCCAUGCGAGCCAAGGACGCCCCCCGCCUUGCCGUUCUGCGAGCCAUCCUCUCCGCGAACCUCAAUGCUUCCAAGACAAAGACUCCCAUUAGAACCGACCCCCAGCUCGUGAUUCAGAUUAUGAAGAUGAAGCGUUCCAUCGAGGAGACUGCUGCAGAAGCCAAGAAGGUCGGUCGGGAAGAUUUGGCUGAGAAGGAGCUCGAGCAGGCCAAGCUCAUGGAGGAAUACAUCGUCAAGAGCAAGCUUGAGGUUCUGGGAGAGGAGCAGCUCCGUCCAAUGAUUAAGGAGCAAAUCGAGUUGUCCAUCGCGGAGGGCGCUCAGACCAAGACCCUCAUGCCAGAUGUGAUCAAGCGGAUCAAGGCUGCGACUGAAGACAAGGUUGUUGAGAGCAAAAUCCUGGCCCCGUUGGUCAAGGAGCUCAUCAAUGAGAGGAGCAAGUAA